AUGUCGUCCUUGGAGCUAGCGCUAUCGGCGCACCCACUGGGUGUGUGUCCUCUGGGAAACGCAUACUUGGAAGGAGCCAAGAAUUUGCGCCCUAAGGGUCUUGGGUGCUUUGCAUAUUGGGAAGAUGCAUUUCUUGUCCAGUUCCUCAUUGAAUGGCUGGACGUACGGUCGCUUUUGGCGCUGAGUUCUGCGAGCCGCAGUUUUUAUGCGCUUGUCAAUACGCCUCAAGUGUGGCGCGAAAAGUAUAUACGUGAUAAGAGUGGAUACGUAUUAAAAUGGAAUGGAAGCUGGCGCGGCACUUAUGCUGCGACAGAGACGCAGAUGAAAGCAUGCCAAGAUGCCGCCACGGCAUGCCGCAUCCAUUUGUCGGGUGUGUACUCAGAUACCAUAUACCAAGAAUUUAUAACAGCAUCAUUUGAUCCUCGCCUCUUUAUUGAGAUGCAUGCACGGCGCGAAAUGCGCAAGCUUUCUCGUGUACGCAAAAUUGCUACAGACAUGGUACCUGAACGUCCCAGCAUACCCGAUAACAUUGAGCGUUUAGAUGCGAGAACGUGCAAUGUGUCCGAAUUUCUCACCAAAUAUUCGCAGCAGGGUCAGCCCUGCAUUUUGAUGCAUGCUACGGAGAACUGGCCUUGUCAUGCAUGGUCACUUGAUUUUAUCGAAAAGGUCUGGGCGACCCGCAUGUUUCAGGCUGAGGCUUUGCGUGUGAAUGGCGAGAAUUAUGUAUCAUAUGCGCGCUCGGUUGGUGGGGGUGGCAUGCCCGAUCCGACGUCGGGAGUUGUGCCUGACACGUCUCCCUUCUACCUAUUUGAUGCUGACGUGGCUGUGGAAGAUGCGCAGGCGGCACGCGACUGGCGAGUACCUACGCUGAUUACUCGAUAUCCUCGAUCCGAGUCAUUGGUGGACGAAGAGGCGAACGAUGAGCAGAUUCGUGCGGAUCUUUUUUGUCUCUUUGGCAACGCGCGCCCGGAUUAUCGUUGGCUUAUUGCUGGUCCUAAACGAAGUGGCAGUUGCUGGCAUAAAGACCCGAACAUGACAUCUGCGUGGAAUGCCGUAAUGCAAGGGUCGAAAUAUUGGAUGCUUCUGCCACCCAAAACGGUACCGCCUGGUGUAUAUGUCACAGAGGAUGAGUCCGAGGUCACGGCACCGGCAAGUCUUAGCGAGUGGAUGCUCGAUUUCUACGCAGAGACUAAGGCCAAGCAUGGACGUCGCGAGUGCGGUGGAGAUGGCCAAUUGGUAGAAGCGGUGUGCCACGAAGGCGAGGUGAUGUACGUGCCAAGUGGAUGGUGGCAUCUCGUUGUCAACCUGGACGACUCGGUGGCGUUAACGCAAAACUUUGUCAGUGUCACUGAAUUACCCGACGUCUUGUCCUUUAUGAAGUAUACACCCGACCAGAUCAGUGGCUUUCGCAAAGAUGUGGCAAAGACCUCGGUAUUCGAGCAGUUUGUCGAAAAACUGCGAUCGUAUGAUCAAGACCUUACCAACGAUGCAUUAGCGCGUAUGCCGUCACGGAAAGUACGCAAGCCAGCGGAACCAACGCGUGAUUGGCGUGAACGAUUGUGCGAGGAAAGCGAAACAAUGUGUACUUUUAGUUCUCUGGUGGAUGAUGCCGAGUUGGGUGAGACGCCAUGGUAG